CAUGUGUUCCAAUUUCACCCUUCUCGAUACUACUUCAUCAUUCAAACUACUUCUAAGAGGAGGGACUGGCUCUGUUUCCUGAACUCGGUAGAGUUGAAUGUAUGAAGUGCAGGUCUCAUGCUUUCCCUUUUCCCUUUCCACCUCUUCACUUCUACUUCGUCAACAACUGCUGCACGUUGCUUUAGCUGGUUCAAGUGUGUCGAUUACCUGGACUUGUUCUCAGAUAUAUCCUUUUGUCCACUGUCGCUACCUUGCUUCUAUUUUCCUGACACCUAGCACCCUCACAGUAUCUCUUUGUCUCUCUCUGAAGCCCAUCUGGGGAUCUUAACCCGUCAUAAACCAUGGAUCAGAAUGCCGCUGAACGCCUGAAGAGGCUCCAAAUGGAUGACCUCGGCACGGCCAGACGAGAAAUCAUUUCAACCAAAGAUGGCCCACGACGAGUGCUCAAUGUGAGAAUGGAAACCAUAGAAGCAAGCAGAGAGUCCAACCAGCCUGGAACCGAAGCCCAGCUCAUGGCGCAGAAGAACAAGGCCCAGCUCGCGGAUUGGUCGAAUAUCCACAAGACAAUAGGUGAUACUGGAGACCUUGAGAAUCUUGACAGUCUGCUUGAUGGCCAGAGUCAUCGUCUUGGGCUUGCCACUUUGUUGCAUUCGAGGCCACAUGACUUUGCUCCAAUCAGGGGAGGCAUGAGUCGUGGGCGUGGUGGUGGCGUAGCAGGGACUCGAGGUCGUCAGAGGAAGCCAAGCGUAUCGAAAGUUCUCGGUCAAGGAGGUGUCUCGAAAUCCGGCAAUCAUGCUUCUAAAAUAGAUCAAAAGCAGACUCGUGCUCGAAAGCCGAUCCCUAAGCCACUAACCAAAGUUCGAAGACCCAUGGGUGACUAUUCCACGAAAAUCAGCGCCCCUGAAGAAUUUAUGGCUGCUGUUCAGGGUCUAGUCAACGCGAAGACUGCUCGCAUAAACUCCACUGUUGCACUGGAAAUGUCUAACGGUAGUAGUCCGAAUCCCAGCCAAUUGCCUCCUGCGAAGGAAAUACCAAGCCAAGUCUUAUCUCGCCUCACGCAACCUGCUCUUGCAGUAGAUCAUGGCCCAAGCAAACGGUCUCCUACCGUGACUAGAGCCCUGGGUCAAUUACCUCCCGGAAAGUCGCUUACUCCUCAAGCUCAAGAGCCUCGAGCUCCUGCUCAAAGGCCCCCGUCUACGGCAUAUAACACGUUGAGUCAACAACCUCUCAAAAUGCCAUCAUUUCCGGAACCUGACAGAGCGAGGGAUUCAAGCAAAAGGACACCUUCUUCCACAAUCACCACAACUCAAGUCAGCCCACAGAAAGUGGUUUCGGCUUCUGACGCCAUGAAAAACCCAAGACAGACACAGUCGACUGCGACGCUUAAGGCGAACCAGACACCACCCAAGGGCACUGUGCCUCCUGUCACAGCGACAAUGAAAAAUGUUCCUGCUGCUUCCAAUUUGAGCAAGGAACACAUAGUGAGGUCUAACAACACGUCUGUGCAAUUGCAGGCUACUGCACAAACUCGCCCGACUCUGAAUCCGCAGUUGUCCAAACCCUCAACUGCGCCAUUACAGCGGGAUGAGGGGCCUCUGCCUAAUAAGCUAGCAGUCAAGGCUCAUGGCAAGCCUCCAUGUCAACCGGGUAACAAAGCCAAUCGGGUUCCAGAAAAGCAAGGCACUGCAAUGGAGACAAUUUCAGUAAACAAGGUGGUCGUCAAAUUGCCUCCUAGCGAGCCAACUUUCAAACCGAACGCAGAUGUCCCAGUCACGCCCCAGAAGACCAAACCACUCCAGAACCUUGUAGCUGAAGGAAACGAGAAAAAAGCAUCUCCGGCGGUGGCUUGUGGCGAGCUUCUUGAUCUUGAUGGUUCUCCUUCACCCGAGGAGGAUUUGGCUGAACAGGAUGGUGCUGCUACAGCUGUAAUGAGCCCUUCCUGUCAAGAUCUAGAGGGCUUGAUAUUUCGGCAGGGCAUUACACGGUCUCAUGCCCAAACAGACUCAACCUCUACUGAGGCCUCAACAACACCGAGCAAGUCUCACGAUACCACACGAGCUCUUUUAGAUCAAGUUAUGUUCACUACCGAAAAUAUGACCCCCGAGGAGAAGCAGGCGGUUGACAGCAAACUCGAAGAGCUUCUGAGAGAUCUGGACACUUUCUCUCUGUCCCAAGCAGGGCGCCGAUAUUCCAACCCGAUGUUCGAGAGAGGAAGAGAAGAGCUCAGGUCCGAGCCCAAACCCGAGCCCAAGCCCGAUUACCACAAUUGUCAUACAUGUCAGGCGAACCAUGAAGCUCAUGCUCAUAUCCCACUUGAGAAGGUCUUGGUGCUCGCAGCUGAUGUGACGUUUAAUGCAGCCUUGGGUGUGGAAGAUCCCUUGACACCCCUUGCACAUAAGUCACAGACCCACCGUCCUGUUCUCCAGACGCGCCUUAAGGGCACUGCGCCGCCAUUUGAACCAAACAAGCUUUACGCCCCAGUAAGCAGCACAGCUGAACCAGUAACCACUGUGCAGGAGCUUCAGGAGUCUUGUAUCUCUAAGGCUGUCCAUUUGUACGGCGAGCAUCUACUCCCCGGGAGGUCUGGUAAUCGGCCUGGCAACGCUUCCGUCUUGGAGGAUGUGAAGAUUCCAGCAUUUGAAGGGCGAUUCGGUCCAAUAACUCCGGCUUCUACUCCCGUCAAACCGAGUUUGACAUCUCCACUUCCUUCGCAGACGAACGCGAUCUCAGCCUCCCCUGCACUACAGAAAUCUAUGCACGCCCCCAGAAUAUCAGAGAACAGGUCCCUAGCAUCUCGGACUCCCUUGAGAGGACUGGAUGGCUCCAGGUAUGCGACGCCUGCCCUCGACAAGCCUCUACGCUGAGCUUCUCGCAACCACACCAUCACUACAUAAGGUCUGUACCGUUAGCCGAUUGACACUCACCUCAUGCGUGCAUAAAGUGGCGCUGAGGUCUAUCCGCAUGAUCUCCUUGUCUUUCUUAACUCCCCCCCCCC